CGAAAAGGUGGGGGGAGGGGCUAGUCUACGACUUCCGGUGAUUGGUCGGUGCGGGAUGUCAGUCAGUAGAUGUCACAAUCAAUGGGCGGGCUGACGGGCGGGUGUCGCGGAGCGGGCGCUUGGACCGUUAGUUUUUGACUUUGGUUCAGAUCGCUGGUUGCAAUGACUACUUUGGACGAUAAAAUCCUUGGAGAAAAGCUCCAGUACUAUUAUAGCAGCAGUGAGGAUGAAGACAGCGAUGGUGAUGAAAAUGACCAAAAGACCAUCAAAAAUCCAGGGAUUUCUAUGGGUGCAGAAGUCCGAGAACGUAGUGCUGUCAACACAGGACCUAAAGGAGUAAUAAAUGACUGGCGCCGAUUCAAGCAGCUUGAAACAGAACAGCGUGUAGAGCAGCGUCGGGAGAUGCGAAGACUCAUCAAGAAACUCUCAAUGAGUUGUAGGUCUCAUUUGGAUGAAGAGAAAGACCAGCAGAAGCAGCAAAUGCUCCAAGAGAAGAUUAAUGGAAAGAUGACAAUGAAGGAAUGUAACAUGCUACAUGAAAAGGAUGAUGAAUUGUUUUUGGAGCAGUACAGGAAGCAACGGAUGGAGGAGAUGAGGGAACAUCUUUACAGUGGCAAACGUUUUGAAGAGAUCUAUGAACUGGAGAGCUCACAGGCUUUCCUGGACACAAUCGACAAAGAGGAAAAGAAUACACUCAUAAUGGUGCAUAUCUAUGAAGAUGACCAUCCCGGAUGUGAAGCUAUGAAUGGGUGUCUACUGUGUCUGGCCGCAGAAUAUCCAGUUGUGAAAUUCUGCAAAGUCCGCAGUUCUGUAAUUGGAGCCAGUGCAAGAUUCACUGAUAAUGCUUUACCUGCUCUGCUAGUCUAUAAAUGUGGAGAUUUAAUUGGCAACUUUGUGCGAAUCACUGACCAACUUGGGUAUGACUUUUUUGCAGUGGAUUUGGAGGCAUUUUUGCGCGAGUAUGGUGUACUGCCAGAAAAAGAUGUGGUUUCACCCACAUCCAUUCAGAGUACUUUGGUGUCUCGUAGUGAUGAUAGUGAUCUGGACGUCGACUAACAUGGUAUCUUCCUUAUGAUUUAAUAGUUCAGGACGGUCAUUAUUGAGGCUUAGUUUAUUUCUAGAGCAAAUUCAAAACAAGUUACUGUUUUAGAAAGUGAACAGCUACCAGUACCUAAUUUAUUAUGGGGUCUAGCAAGUCAUGGCAUGGCCUAUUUUUAAACUUUAGACCAGUUAAUUCUUAGCAAAUGUAUGUUAAUCAGGCCAGCAAUUUUUUUUAGGUCAUCUUUAGUCUUUGACACAUGGUCCUGUAGUGGUACGCUUCAUUAUUUAACUUUUCUUUCUGAAAACAGCAGCCCCUGCUCCCACUGACAUUAUAGAUGUUAUUGAUAACAGAACAACUUGAAUCAUUCCAAUAUGUAUAUUGUAGAAAAUUUGUUUUGGAGUGGUUCCAAAAUGUAGUUGAAAAUGUUCCUCACAACAAAACUCUUAAGUCAAGCUAUGCAUUUGUCAAAGCUAUGCUAAACAUACAGUUAGAUUCAUGCUAAUGAUUGCAAAUAAUGAAGAUCUGACUGCAUGCUUAGUUUUUGGAAACCUAAGUGUAUCUACUGAGGAAGAGAUACCAUAGCACUGUAUAUAAUUUCCUUCAUAUUCUAAGUGUUUCUCCAAAUUGGAUUUCUCUUUUUCUGGUAAUCUUUCUAACAUGAAAAUCUUCUUUCCUUCUAUUUCUUCAGACUUUCAGUUCUUUGUAAUUGUACGAGAGUGUUGCAUCUGAAGCCACUUUUUCUAACAUGUUCUUGAAUAGCUAUUGGUAGAUCCAGAUUCCUGUCCAUCACCUGUAAUUCUAACUCUAAAGGCCAGCUCUGAGCAACUGAAGGGAUAGCAUGAUUUCCUUUUUUAUUUUGAUUUUUAUUUCUACGUUCUUGUUCCUUUUCCAUUUGUGUUUCCUAAGGCUUUCUUGUAAUGCUAUAAUUUGUAAUUUAUUUACUUUGUGGACUGCGUAUAAAAGCAAGUAGUUUAUAUCCUUCCUAAAAUUGAAAAACUGCAAGCGUUGUAUUAAAUAUAAUUAAUACAAAUUGUAUUUAAUGCAAAGAUUGCAUCUUAAUUUAUUUCUAUUAGUUAUGCUCUGAAGCAUGAUUGUUCAUGUUAACUGUCAUUAUUUGCAUGAAGUUUAAGUAAGCACCAAAGUUACAAUAAAUGUGGCGCUGGAGUGUUAAGGUGCUUCAUCCUUAUAGUAACUACCAGAUUUUAUAGGCAGUGUUGAAGGAUUCUUGUUUGUGUGCUUAGCAUUUGCCUUGUGAAAAUGUAACUGUACAUUGACAGUUUAAACUGUCAAAAUGAUGGGUAGUUAUUGUAUAAUGUCCAACAUUGCUGUAACUUUUGUAAUAUUGCUGCUUGUGAGUAUACUGUGUAUUUUUAAUAGCUCCAUCUACAAAGGAAAAUGUUUUUUUCAUUGUCUGCUAAUCUAAUAAAAAAAGUAGUACAAUCAAA